CUGGUGCGCGCGUGGUAUAACGAGGAUGUGUUUUUUAGCAGUUAGUUUUUAGCAUUCUGUACGUCAGUUAGAGGCAACUGGGGUUCUGAGUACUCGCUUAUUGUGAGGUUAGCCAAGUGGAAAGCUGCUCACACGGUCCCGGUGUGGCGUGAAGAAAAUGUCUGAGGACUCAUGUAAGGUGUCUGUGGCAGAGAUUCGGUCGUGGUGGCAGGUCCCCGCCAUCGCCCACUUUUGCUCCCUUUUUAGGACUGCCUUCCAGUUGCCGGACUUUGAGAUCGAGGAGUUUGAAGAGGCACUCUGUAAAGGUGAUGCAACAUUUGUCAGUGAUUUAAUUACUUGUCUGCUGCAAGGAUGCUACCAGCGCAGUGAUAUCACGAUUGAAACGUUCCAUGCGUUCUUAGAGGACAUAGUCAAUUAUCGAUGGGAAGUGGAAGAGAAAGCACCCAACCCACUGAAAGCAGCUGCAUUCCACGAACUGCCACUUCAUACUCGGGUGAAGAUCUUACACCGUCUCUGUGAUUAUAGGCUGGAUGCUGAUGAUGUAUUUGAUCUUUUAAAGGGGUUGGAUGCAGACAGUCUCCGAGUUGAACCACUGGGAGAGGACAGCGACGGAGCCAUGUACUGGUAUUUUUAUGGCACACGUAUGUAUAAAGAAGAGACAACUUCUGAAAAAAUGCACAAUAAAGACAACCUAGGCAUACAAAACAGGGAAAAUGGAACAGAUAAAAGUGAAGCCCAAAAUGAUUUGGCAAAACCAGUAAAACGAAGGGGGAGACCACCAAAGCGAAAAACAGUGGAGCUUAAGCAAGUAAGUUUUGUGGAGGAUCAAGUUAAAAAGGAAGAAGAUGCUGAAGAUCCACUUAAAAGAACUGGUUUGGAGCCAGGCCAAGGUAGGUGGUCUUUGGUCUGUGAAACAGAAGACGACUGGAGGAAUCUAACUGAAAGUUUCAGGCAAAAAUCUUCUGUGAAGGACAGGCAACUCUAUAAACUGCUUAGUGAGGACUUCUUGCAGGAGAUCUGUGACAUGAUUUCACAAAAGGUAGUUUUAAUGGGAAAUCAAAUAUUAAUGCAUCAUUUGAUCUUGUCUUCCUUUUAUGUGGCAGUAAAACUGCAGGAAAAAUAUGAGGCUCUUAGUCAUUUUAAUGACACCUUUUUAAAUAUCUUGCACAAUCUUGCUCCCUCUAGAAGUAAAAGAAUUAAAAUAAACCAUGCCCCUUGGUUAACAAAAACCAACAAAGAAGUACUGACCCUUAGAGUCUGGAAAACAUGGCUUAAAUGGGAAAAUCCUUCAGAUCUUAUUUACUAUAAACAGCUUCGAAAUCGAGCCAAAAAGCUCAUUGCUAAAGACCAACAGCAGAUGGAAAUGGAAAAUGAGGAAGCGCCUUUAUCACAAGGUAACUUAACCCAAUUAUUGGAACUAAUUAAUCAACGAUUGGACCGCUUAUCGGAAAAAGUGGAUCAUGUCACUAAUACCGGCGGCAACAGACUAAGUCAGAAUACUAAUGUACUAACAGAAUCAAUGGGAGCACAGGCAACAACGAGUGGAAACAAUGGUUUACCACAACGGAGGCGUACAAGGGAAACACAAGAGCAAACUGGAACUGUUACCGUAAACAAUUUCGACUUGAAUACAUGGCUUAAUAAUGAAUUAGAUAUGGACAAUUCAGUAGAAGGGGCUAUAUCUACAGUAGACAACGAUGCCCAUGGCAACAUAGUGGACAAGUUAAAACUAUUUGACAACAAAUUAUUUAAAAUUAAAAAGCUCCAAUUGGAGCUGAAUUAUUUUAAUAGAUGUCUUAAAGAAAAAAUAGUACCCAAAGGUUUAAGACAUUAUUCCUACCCCACGGGGUUAGAAUAUGGUACAGAUUUUUAUAAUGAGCUCAUUUCUAUUUAUAACAAUCAUGGGCUGGAAAUAAUUCGAUGUAUGAUUAAAUAUUAUCAGAUUUCAUUGGACAAUCUAAUGAGUGAAACUACCUCUUUAGAGCAGGAAAUUAAAAACGACAUUGACUAUAACAGAUAUGAGUUUGAAUACAACAGGACUCUGACAAGUAUUGCACAACAAAUGAAUAAAUUAAAAAUGAACAAGUUAAAGAAAUUAAACAGAGAUUUGAAAGCAUACCAGGAAGGGUCAGCUUUCCCAAAGCCCCCAACCUCCCAGAAUGGCAUACGUAUUCCAAGGGGUAAUACUGAACAAAAUUUUAAGAAAAAUAAAGAAAGAACAGUAUGGAAUAAAAAUGCCAAUAGUGGUCAAGGCCAAAGUAACACUAGUAUUAAUGAAAAUGAACUAAGGGUAGCAAGUACUUAUAACCCACCCCAGAAUGCUGUUUUAUUCAUGUAUGAACAACUAUGUGAAAAUGAAUUUAGAUACAUAAUAGGAAACAAGAAAGGAAAAUACAAAUCUAACAUGUCACAAGAUGAAACAGAACUGUUAAAACAACUAAGAAGUCUUCCACCAAGAUUAAUGAAGCCAGAUAAAGGUGGAGGCCUGGUAGUAAUGUAUAAUACAGACUACUCUAACAUUAUGACAACAGUUUUGGAAAAAGAUACAUGUGAGGUUUCAAAUAAAAAUCAAUUGAAUAAAGCAUUCAAUAAUAUAAAAAUUUUUAUUAAUGACAUGUUUUUGGACGGAUUAAUAGAUAAUAGUCAAAAACAAUACUUAACUAUGUUGACACCCAGAAUACCAAAAAUUUUUGGGAUUCCUAAACUUCACAAGGAUCUAUUUAACCCACCAUUUAGGGCACUAGUGGACGCAAGACAAUCCAUGACAUAUGCAUGUGCCAAACUAGUAGAUUCUAUAUUGAAAAGUUAUGUAUGUAAAGAAAAACAUAUUCUUAAGGAUUCAUGGUCAUUUCUGGAAGAGAUACAAAAUACAACAUUUGACAUUAAGCACAAUUUUUUAACGGUGGAUGUUAAUGAUCUUUAUUCUUGCAUACCCCAUGAUUUAGGUACAGAAUGGGUUGUAGAUUUUAUUAGAUCAAAAGGGGCCACCACUAAUGAAUGUAUAGUGGUAGAACAACUUUUAGACAUAAUUUUGAAAUAUAAUUUUGUGUCUUUUGAAAAUGAGUUGUACAUACAGAAAAUAGGGGUAGCCAUGGGGUCACCAGUAGGCUCAAGUUUUGCAAAUUUAGUUAUGGCCUACUGGGAGACAAACCAUAUCUUUAAUAGUCAAUGGAGUAGUAUUAUCUUUACAUAUAAUAGAUUCUUAGACGAUAUUUUUAUUAUUUUAAAAGGAGAACAAGAACAAGCAGACCAAUUAGUUGAUUUUUUUAAUGUAACUUCUUCAUUCUUAAAGUUUACAAAAAAUUACCAAGAUAAUACAAUUAAUUUUUUAGAUGUGGAACUUAGCAAAAGUACAGAAGGCUACAUAGCAAAAAUUUAUAGAAAGAGUACUUACUCGAACACCUUUCUUCAUUACACAAGUGCCCAUCCUAGCCACCAGAAAAAAUCAGUAGUUAAAGGUCAACUUGUUAGGGCGGCUAGGAUGGUCACUUUAGAAGAGGACUUUGACAAAGAAUGUAACUCACUGUACCAAAAAUUUCAUAGUAGAGGAUAUCCAUCAGAAUUUUUAGAUGAAAUAUUUAAAGAAGUAAUUGAGAUGGUCUUAGACAAUAACCUUUUCCUGUUUGGACAAGAGUUGUUUAGGCAGCGUGAUGGAGUGGCUAUGGGCACACCAUGUGCCAAUAGCUGUGCCAAAACAGUCAUGGCGGCAUGGGAACAGGAGUUCAUACUGGGGCAUGGGAUGACCACACGUAGAUUACAGGGACAGGAUCAGGAAACCUUGGCAAUAAUUGAAGCAGUUGAAAAACAGAAGAGGAAGGAGGAAAAGGAGUAUGACCUCAUAACUGUAAAUCAGAAAGAACAGAAUCCAAUGGAUGAAGAAAAAAUGUGGGAAGAAAAGAAGACAGCCAUGCAAGAAUGCGGAAAGAGGAAAAAGCUCAGGAAGAAACAUGCCUGGCUUUUGGCACAGGGAAAUGAUCUUCCUCUUGAACAACUGCUGGACUUUGAUUCCUAUUCAUCUGUCAUGAGUGCAAAGAAAUCAAAAGAUUUGUAUGAACUGGAUGAUUAUUAUACAUCAAUGUAUAAAGUUGUAGAUUUAGUUAAAGCUCACCAGGAUUCCUGGCCUUUCCUGGAUCCAGUAGAUGAGUCGUAUGCUCCAAACUAUUAUGAUAUCAUUAAGAAUCCAAUGGAUCUGUUCACAAUAGAAAAGAAAUUGAAUCAGUGCCAGUACAGCACCAAGGCAGAAUUUGUAUCAGAUAUGAAUUUGAUUUUUGAAAAUUGUCUGCGGUACAAUGGUGAAAGUAGUGAGUACACUGAAAUGUCUGAAAAUGUAGAGAGAUGCUUUUAUAAGGCCAUGCAGAAGCAUUUCCCUUCUGAUGAUUUGGAUACUGAUGAAGAAUAUAAGAGGAAUUAUGAUGACAGAGAAAGGAAGGAAAGAAGGAAGAGCAGAUCCAGUCGGUUGUCAAAAGGAGACGAGUCAUUAAGGAAACCAGCUAGUGGAAAACCAUGUCGAUUUUGUCCUUGUGAAGGUUCAUGGUGUCAGUCAUCACGUUUUAGGAAAAAAGGACAUUCAGAACAGUCAGACUCAUCUGAAUUUUCUCCCAAAGAAGAAAUAUGUUCAGGAAAAUUUUCACAGAUGCUGCCUUUUGAUCAGAAGUUGUCUGACAGGACAGAUGAGCAGUGGGGCCCCAAAAUUUUGGAACCUAAAAGUAAUCAGCCUUGCACUGAAAAGUUUUCACCUUCCAUGGAGCCAAAGCUAAUUUUAGUACAGUCUGAGACUGUGAAUGCCCCACCUCAGGAAGGGAACCGGGGUAUAGCACAACAGAUUUACACAGCGCAUACACCACAUGGGUAUCAAGGAACAGCGCAACAGUUGGGUGCCUCUGAGAAACCAGCUAGGACUUCAUGUGGCCCAUACUGGUACCCAGCAAAUGGACCUCCACAUCUCUGGAAGGGGAAUCAAGGAGUACCAACCAGUACUGCAUUUGGACCACCAGAAAAGAGCAUAAUUAAUACUGUUCAAGUUCCGAUGCACAAUAAUAUCACAGAUAACAGGCUGAAAUAUCCAUUGUCUGUUAAGUGGCCUAAUCAGUCUGGCAUUGUACCUCACAGUAACACGCUGGCUCCUCAGCCAUCGUCACCUCCAUCAUCAUCUUCAUUAGGAUUUAAUAGGCAGUCAUUUAACCUUCAUGGACCAGCACCAGCAGUACAGAGAAUGACAUCUCUGCAAAUGUCUUCACAACAGCACAGAAGUCAUAUGGAUUCCAUGCUGGACAGUCCUGAAAUGAUAGCUAUGCAGCAGCUUUCUGCCUCUGUACAGUCACCGAGGUUACCUUACAGUGUCCAACAGCCUGCACAUCUGCAGUACCCUCCCCCUUACUUACAGCCUCCACAUGCAAUAUCAGUGCAACAGAGCAGUGAGAUGCAACCCUCCAAACAAGUCAUGGAAAAUGGGCACAGCUUUGGAAAUUCACAGGAACCUAAACAAGAGCAAGCACUGCCAUCAAGUGAUUCUCUACAUCCUGACAGAGAGCAGGGGCAGACAAACUGCAAUAAAUUGUUGGUUAAUCAAAACAGAAUAUCUCCACCCUGUCCUGAGAAUUACCAGAAUUCCAGUAUGAAGAAUCCUGAAUAUGAAAAUGAAGUAGAGCAACAAAGUGAUAAAUUUGGAGCAAAUGAAUCAACUCCAUUAAAUAAUGAUAUCUGUAGGGAAGAAGUAGGAGGCUGUUCUAAUAGUUUGCCUGUAGAUAACUGUAUAGCAGAAACUCUGGCAUUAAACAAACUGGACUGUAAAGUGACACUUAAAUGUAAAACAGCUAAAAGCCUUAAACUAUCUGAAAAAAAAUCUAAGAAUUCUAACCAGAAGACUAUUUCCAAUCAGCAGCAGAUGGGUAGUUUGGUUACAAAGCCUACAUGCAGUGACCCAAAAAUCUCAAGAUCAGUUGCAAACGUUACACACAGCAAGAAGAAGACUACUGAUAGCAGUGGUGGUACAGUGAGUACCAUUGACACCACUCAGCUUGACUUGCACUAUGGGCACCCCAUGGACAGCCUAUCUUCAGGAAAUUAUGGCAAAAAUUGUGCAUCUCAGACAUUCAGUCCAGUCAUGGAUAGGCCUUUAACUGUCUCAAAUGUACAUAAUAUUCCUGGGCAGACUUAUCCACAGAACUGCCAGCCUUCCCAUCUUGGAGUCCGUGCACAUUUUCAUCAUCCAGGGUCAGAGUUACGUCGUCAUAAUGCACCUCCAUCACAGCUUGUGUCAACCUUCCAUCAAUAUCAACAUCCUCAGUAUUACUUUUAUUCCCAGGGACAAAACUUUUCAAACUGGCAGAAGGCUGUACUUCCUCAGACUCAGCCCACUGCCCAUCAGCAGUCUCAGUUUGUAGAUUUCAGUGGUGCUGCAUUAGUCAGAGAUGUACUAUGGCCACAGGAUACAGAAGAUACAGGAAUAAUUUCUGCACCAGGAAAUGGCGACUCCAUUGUAGGCUCAAAUGACCUUUGCAUUUCCAGCCUUUCACAAGAAGACAAGUUGGAAAAUGAAGAGGAAGAUGAACCAGAAAGCCCUAAGCAGUUCCUUGAUCUAGAUAGCCAUAAUUUGGCUACAAAAAGACAAACUUCCCAGUCAUCUAGCAGGUUUACUUAUGGGUCUCCUGCACUACAACCAGGAGUAAACAGUGGUGCAUCUCCUUUCCUUUCACACAAUACAGCUGCCUUUUCUUCACCUUACCAAGUCCGUCCCCCUCAUACCCCAUUCAGUCCUGCUGCCUGUCUACCUUCCAAGACUGUACGUUAUUCUCAUUGUCCACCUUCUGGAGAAAUUAAUUUACAGACCCAUGAACUUGUUCCCACAUAUCCCCAGAAAGAAGAAACGACAAGUCAGAUUCAUGGUACAGUGUUACAGGAGAAACCUCCAUUUUCUGACUCUUAUCAAUCUGCAGGAAGCAAGUUCCAAAGUUAGCAGAUGAAUAGAAAUCUUGACUGCAAGUUCGUGUUUGCCACAAAAUUCCAGUAUCACCUGUGGAUAUAUAAUUGACUUGUAAUAAGCUGAUGCAGCACGCUUGCUGUUUGGAUCUACUGGUGUUUUUAAUGAAGUCAUCUGUUCAGUAUGACUGCAUCAGAAAUCGAUUAUCAGAUGAACUUGACAAUUUAUUGAUGGUUGCAGUCUAUCUACUGGCAUCAUCAAACAGCAGUUCAGGAACAGAGAAGCAGAGUCGAAUGACUGCUACAUUUUUAUCCAAGUUGCAUGGGCUGUUUUAAGUUCUGAAUUACUUGGAAUGAGUAUGGUUACUGUUAAGUGCCCAUUGCUGUUGUCUUUGGAAUAAUAGUGCUGUGCAUUUUCUCAGAAUGUGAAUGUAACAUAACCGAACUCUUGUGUAGGAUAACAUAGUGAUGCUUUUGGCAGUCCUGGUGAUGUGUGGUGACAUAUCAGCUGUCCAUGGCUUACUGUUUAAUUUUUUUUCUUUUUGAAGGGAAAUAUUUCACCUUCAGGAAGUAGUGAAACUCAGGUGUGCACACAAAAGGUACUUAAAUAGUAGCAUUUAUUUUUUUUAAGUAUUUGGGCAUAGUUUACAUAUUCUUCUUGCCUUUCUGAUAGUGUUUAUGAAUGUAUGUGUAAUGUAGCAACUUGUUACCGGUACUUUACAAAACUGUAUGUUCUUUCCUGUACAUUUCAUAAGCAACUUUGUGAAGCAUUUUAAGUUGCUCAAAUUACUUAUUUUGCAGGAAAGCUUGAAGCAGUAAUGCACAGUAAAAUAGCAUUUGAUAUUUCAAAGAAAGAUGGGUUCUGUGUUUUAAAUUUGUUAAACCUUCCUUGACUCAGGGAGUGACAUUAAAUACACUGGAUCUCAUUUAAUUCAACAAAUUGUCUUCAGGUCAGACCAUUUCCCCCCCUACCUUUUGCCCUGACACUUCACUGCUUGUUCUCACUAUUGUAUCACAUUUGCAGUGAGCUUUGAAACGCAGAAUUCAGAUGUAUGUUUCACAUGCACCAAUAUCUGUGCAGGUCUGAAUAUCAUAUGCGCAAAGGCAGGGCAGUUGACUGGAUAAUGUGCAUGCUUCACUCUAGUGAACUUUUAUUCUCAGCUUUUGUAACCUAAUUUUUGCAUCUUUUUCUACAUACGUGCAGAGACUGUUCAUCACAAAAUAGAUUUUUCUAAACUUCCAAUAGUACUGUGAUAAUUGCAUUUUUUAUUUAAUUAACAGGAAGGAAUAAUUUGAGGCUGAUUUGUUGGUGGCCAUUUAUAUCAAUUGAAUUAGCCAAUGACUAGAAGCCAAGUUACUUGCCCUUUGCAUUAUAUCUGUACCAUUUAUUUCUGCAUCUGCUCAGCUACAGACAAGUAUUUUCUACUUCAUUUGAAAAUGCUAAUAUAUCACACUUUGUGAAAUGUUUUAUUGCUUUAUUUAAUUUAGUAAAGGUAAGAUGUAUCUACAUGUGUGCAUUUUUGUUUCCAAAUGCAUCUUAGGAGAGUCAUAACUUCAAUUUUGUGUAUUAUGUGAUAUAAAGUCAUAGGUAACUGCAACUGACUAUAGAAUCUUAUCUCACUGUUCUGAGCAAGUAGAAUCUUGAAUGUGUUCUGGCAUACUGUCUGCUGUAGUCUGUGGUUGCCACUACCAAGACCAGUCUGAAAAGUCACAGGAUAAAGACUGCAGCAAUUUAAACAAAAUUGGUUAGUCACAGAUGAGCAUUCACCCCUACCCUUUUCCGAGGAACAGAACGUCAUGCAAUUUUUUGCUUGUAAAGUGAAACAGUAUGCAUGGACAUAUAUUGAUUACUAACUCACCCUUUAGUAAAAGAAAUUUUAAAAGUGUGUUUUAUACAUUCCAGAAGUGCUUGGACAAGUAGUAAUUUUUGGUUCUCAUUCGUAUCUGUACGUAGUGGUGAGCAUGAGUUAGCAGCUGGAAUAGGAAGUAACAUAUGUAGUAAGGUUACUGUUUGCAUGUUUGGUAUGUGUGCUUACCACCUUUCUUCCCACAAUGACCAUCAGUCUGUUCUCCAUCCAACUUCCCCAAAGACCCAUUUGUUCCUUUGGAGUGCUAGCCAUUUGGCCUUUUCUUUUCCAUGGGAUGAGAAGCAAGCACGCAGGUAAGGGACUACUGUCCUCUGAGCUGUGCUGUACUUGAGAUGCUAAGAGAGAUUGGGAUGCCUGGGUUAUCUGGAAUUUAUUAAUGCCAAUGGACCUGGCACAUGGUUGGUAUGGUUUGAUGAUCUAAUUAUUCUUGUCAUAUUCAUUCCAGCUAAAGGCUUAAACUAUUUUAAGUAAUUUGCAGAAUGGUUAAGGUCUUUACCUCGGACACAAGGUACAUGAUUUGAUUCUAAUUUCUGGUUAUUGGCUAGAUGUAAAAUGUCCCUUCUGGGCAGCUAGCCUAGUAUUAACCUGUGAACCUGUAAUUGUUUAUAAUCUGCCGGUUUAAGGACAUUUUUAAUAUCACCAGCUCUAGUUUCACUUAUUGCAGUAUAUUUUGGUUUCAUUACUUUUCUGGCUUCUUGAGCAUUUUCUGCAUCGUAUAUUUUCAUAAUAUCUAUUUGGGGCUUAGUUUGUUUUUCCUCUAUUCUCUUAAGGUACCAUCAGUACAAGUGUACUUGUUAGUAUGCAUUGUUCAUGCCCAGCUGUCAAAUGGAGCUCCAUGUUGACUAUGUCACCCUUAGUGCUGCUGUUCUCUGUUUUAUAGUAAUAGGUUGUGCUGCAAAAUUAUAUAUAAACAGUGUAGUAUCUGCUUUAAUCAGUGGAUUUAUACACACAGAACAGUACAUCAGUAAAAGGUGGAUAUUUUUUCCUCACUUUUGGAAUCUCCACUAUUAACUUUUACAGAUACAUCAGCAGGGUUUACAUGACCCAGAGAUAUUUUUAACUAUGGAAAGUUAACCAAACAGCACUACUAGAUAGUAUAUUAGUGCAUGUUUCUUGGUUUUGAUCACUUCCUUGUGUUUACUGGAUAUUUAGAUUUUCCUGUGGCAGUUAUUGCAGCUGUAGUGCAAGGGGAUAAAUUCCAGAUUGUCUGUGUUGUUGCACCUUUAAUUACAGGAGAAGCAGCUGCUUGUUAUAAUUAGAUUUAGUGAUAAAAUUCUGUUUUAUGCUUUGAUUUACUGGAAGGAAAAGUAAAGCUUAAUUUUAGGGUCUGGCUGUGUGAUGGAGAAGGAUAAAACAUUGUCUGUGACCCAGAUGACAGGACCCUGGAGAGGCUAGCCAGGGAGUGUGGAAUAAGCAUUUGAUGCUUGUUCUCCCAUUUUAUAGGUAAGAGUGGUUGGCAGCCUAUUGCUUGCUCUCCCAUUUUGGAGAUAGGGUGGUUGGCAGCCCUAGUGCUUGCUCUCCCAUUUUGGAGAUGUGGUGGUUGGCGG